AUGGAGCUCAGGCCUAACAGCCCUGUGCCUGGUACAGUUGUCUUAGAUCUCACCAUUGAGUUAUCAAUAAACAGAUGCUUGCACUGAAAAAAACUGUUUCACAAGAGAAAACAAGGUUGACUUUUCCAAAACUUCAGGCUGAGGCAACUGAAGGCUUCACGCAUUUCGGGCAGAGCUCCCUUUUCUCCUCUUAGAUUAUGAAGAAGGCAAAAGGAAGCUUACUGCUCACAGGGUGCAGGAUUUUCAAUAUCAUAAACAACCUAAAUCACUGACUGCCUGCAAACCAAACAUGCUGAGACCAUAGUGUUCAACAGUCAAUUCCCUGUUUAUGGCUAGUACUGUAGGUCACCUUAGUGUAGAUUAUACUUGUUGCAAUUCAAGCUGAGUAGUUCUGUUUUGUAAACUCUAGUAUGAUUUGUCUGCCUCACAAUUCUCACCUGAUGGAAGAGUAUUUCAAGUAGAGUAUGCUGUCAAGGCUGUUGAAAACAGUGGGUAAGUUGUAAGUCAGUAGUUUUUUCUUAAUAGGGGAUAAGCAUAAAUUUCAGUUCAUUUUAGAUUGUAACAGUUCUGACACCCUCUGCUAUGAGUGGGUCUGACGAAACAGCAUGCAAAGAAAGUCAGGUCUGAUAGCUUUGGGCUAGUUGAUUUUGCAAUUGGGCUACUGAAUUCUGUUCUUAACUUGCUCGACAGGCAAAAGGUACUUUAAGACUGAUUUAAUAAAUAUUUUCUAAUUAAUUCCUUUUGAUCAAAGGUUGUUUUCAAGCUGAACAGAUGAAGUGAAAUUAGUACAGUGCUGUUAUUAUUACAAUGAAUAUUUUUAAAGCUGAUGUAACCAAGUAACUAAUGGUGCAAUUAACAAAUAAAUAAACACCAACAUGGUGAGCAGGAUAAAAAAUUUUUUUUUGACUAGUUAAAAUAACUCUCAGGUUAGUACAGGUUACAUGUAGCUAUAGCUUCCCCCAAAGGGCGAGCUGUAAUACUGACUUUCUUUGCACCUUAGAAACCAUGAUUUUAGGAAGCAGGUUAGUAAUCAGGUUUAUGUCAUGUUGCCAUGACACUAUAUGCUAAGAUCGGUGCUGUUUCCCUUUAAUUUGAUUCCCCUAUCUGUUCCAUUUUACACAGGACAAUUGUUGGGAUAAGAGGAAAGGAUGGAGUGGUGUUUGGCGUGGAAAAGCUUGUUCUCUCAAAACUGUAUGAGUAUGGUGCUAACAAAAGAAUCAUGCACAUAGACAAUCACAUUGGCAUGGUAAGGUGUUGAAGUAAUGAUUUUCAAAAAAAAAAUGUUGUUUAACUGCUUUCUUGUUACUGAGCAGAUGUACAUUGUACCCAGAAAAUAAGCAAUAGUAGUGCCGCUGUCCCCAAUAGCUACGAAUCUCUCAAAGUAAAGGCUUCAAAAAUGGAUAGACUUCUUCUUCUUUCUUUUACAAGAAAAUGUAUGAAAAUGAAGAAAAUGAUCGUUGCUGUGAACGCAGUUUAUGCAAUUGCGUAAAGAAGCCUGAAAAAAAUUCAGGACUUCAACGGGGUUUGAACCCGUGACCUCGCGAUUACCGGUGCGAUGCUCUACCAACUGAGCUAUGAAGCCACUGACUUUGGGGGCAGGUCAAUUGUGGUAUGCUGGUUUUCGCCAGGCAGCCAAAAAAGUGUCUGUAAUAACAAGAUGGCCAUAUUAAUGAAGUGGCUGUAAGGCGGGGUUCCACUGUAGUACCUUUCUGUUAAGAACACGAUGAUAGUGCAGUGCAACCCACACAUGAAGUGCCCCCGAGUAGAGCCGCAUAUCUAAGAAAAUUUGGUUACCUAUCCAUCCAAGAGAUUUAGUGGUCGCGUGACCAUCUGUAUGUCUGUCCUCCCAUCCGACUGCUUCACAGGGAAACCAAUGUGACAUCUCACACUUUUUAGCUAGACUCGGAGUCUGCAACCUGAUAUCACUCAUCCAUGUUGUGGUCAAUUGACAGCUGUCAAAAUAGGAUAUCCACUGAUCAGUAUCACAUGACCAUAUUGCAGGCUCAGGUGUCGACCCAAUUGAGGUCAAGUUUUUUCUGAAGUUAUCCACUGACAAGUUACUAGUUUCUAACUGAUCGCAGGCUUAACUCCAAGUGGAUUUCUUUGCAAUGGGUACAAGUUUAUAGUUUGAAGGGUAGAAAUUUAUUAUUGGGAGCUCUGCCUUAGCUCUAGUUGAUACCUUGAAGAAACCUUAAUAAUUCUAGACUGCAAGUGAAUAUCCUUCUUUACUCGGAGUCACAUGCUGUGCUGCUUGCCCCUCACCCAUGCUCUUGAUCUACUUUGUCGUAAACAAAAAAGGAAGAGACUGCUCACAGUCUAAAAUGGCUCCAGUGUUUAGAACUACAUUUACAUGUUUAUUGCUAUUCAAUGUACUAUUAGUACUAAUUUGUUACACCCUUAUCUGACCUUCUUUUAGGCAGUAGCAGGACUUAUAGCUGAUGCAAGACAGGUACAUUAUUAAUAAUUAUAUAAAUACACACAAGUUACUCUCACUAAAUGAAAAGACUUGUUAUUGUUAACUUGAUAGGGCAUUUACACUUUCUUGUCAUUUUUGUAGACUCACUGUUUAUAAUGUCCCUUUUCAUCUUUUUGUUUCCAAGUGGCAAUCUGCAGUACAUGCAUCUGCUUUUGUUUUGCAUCUUUGCGAUACAAGACAAGUCAGUUUUCACAAGUGAAAAUUGUGCCUUAUUAAUAAUCAACUUUAUUGUUAAAUAAUUACAUAAUAAUCGAAUUCCUCUGUGUAAGAACUUCAAUACCAAAAAGUAGUAAUUUAACUGGAAAGUGCUGCAAAGAACAAAAGGACAACAUUGUCUGGGGGCCAUGGGGAGAUGGGGGCUGCUUUUUUCCUUGGGGAGGGGGAAACUGUUAUUGCUAGUUUUGAAAUAGUUGGGUUUUUGCAUAUGUAAUUUCUGGGAACUGAGACACAAACUGAGGCAGAAAUGAUUCUGUAGGAAAGGAGAAACCAAAUUGAGUGCUUGUGUAAUGCUACUUUGCAGUAUACUUUCCACAAAAAUAACAUUUUCCAGUAUAGUGAUGUUGUGAUGUUCUUGCAUGGAGGCCUUCAAUUAUUGUGUGGUGGCUCAUUGCAUAUUAAUUUUAAACUUUAUUUAUGUAAAGAUUGUAAGUGUGGCGAGAGAUGAAGCAGCCAACUACAGAUCAACAUAUGGAUCUCCAAUCCCCCUGAAAGUAAGUUUUCAAAGUAUUUACUUUAGAAUUAAGGACUCAAAAUCUCUGAAUCAAAUGCAGUCAAACUGGGAUAAUUUUACUUUAGAUUGUGCAUCUGUAUGUAAAGGGCAAAUAAAACAAAUCUGGUUUCACAAAUGUUCAGAAUUUGUCACUAAUCUGGAAGAUCUCCUUCAGUGUAAGCAUAGCCUUAAAUACCUUUAGCAGGGAUACGACAAGAAAAGCCUCUUUCUUUAAUUUCUCACUUACAACUUUGACUUCAAUGGUCAGGGAGCAACCAAAACUGGGGACCUGUGAAAUACCUGAAUGGGCUAGUAUUUACUAUAGGCACUGUCAAGUUACCUGGCAUUGAUGCAAAGUUUGUAUCUCUACAUGCGCCUAGCCUGUGAAAACAGCCGUUUCUCCUCGCUCCUUGCUGCUAGGGACCAUUCACCAUUAGGAACGUCUACACCUUAGUGACAGAAAUUCCAUACUGAUGACGUAAAAUUUGUCUGGAGUCUGGUCAGGAGCUCUGAGUGGUUGAUGUUGUAUAUUGUUUUAGCUAUUGUUUAUUAAUGACAGGUAAAAGAUAAAAGGCCACAAAGCUCAAAUGUAAAUGUGACAAAUCUACUACCAAACAGUAAAUAUUCAUGGAAUAUAUGCGUCUUUAGAAGAAGUAUUUGAGUUUGCUGGAGCUCCUUUGCAAAAGGACACAAAACUUUACCAUAAUCAGGUCUACAGGAGAAACAAAAUUGAACGAAUUUACUUUUGGAACCCCAUGACUAUCAGAUUAAUUAGUUAUGUAAACAUUGAUUUACGUCAUCAGUAUUGAAUUUCUGCUGCUGAGGCGUAGACGUCUCUCCUGGAAAAAUGUUUCUAGUGGUGAGAAGUGAGGCAAGAUGGCUGUUUUCGCAGGCUAAAAUGUACCAAAAUGUUAAUUCUCAACGAGAUUGGAACUCAAACUCUGCAGACCUUUGGCCCCUUUAAGGCUGUGGGAGACACCUAUUUAUGACUAAAUUCAUAAAGCAAAAUCUUGCUUGUGCUGCAUCUUUUAAAAGGCUUGUAUCUUGGCUGUUUUAGUGGCGAUUUAGAUAAACUUUUACAGAGACAUUGUGUAAUGAUGGAAGUUUAGGAGGGUUGUUUUUUAUUUGGUAGAUACCGCUUUUUGGCAAUGCUUUAAGCCACAGUUGUACCAAAUUGGGAAAUCAUGAUUUUGUGUCUAAGUGUGAGGAAAGAAUAAAAGACUGCAUUCUGUGAUUUUAUUAAUAAAUGAUCGAUCAAAACCUCUAGUGUGUUAUGUAUAGAGCAGAUUUUACAAUUUUAAGUUUGCCAGCAAGAUAAUAUAAUUGUUUAAAAUGAGCAAAAUCAAUCUGGGGUCCCUGAAAUGAAAGCCUUAUAUCUUUUUACAAAAGUGCUCUUUUAGAAUUCCGCUCUGCAGUGCCAGCUCAUGAAGUUUUGUAUCUGCGCUGAAUUCUUGGACACAAAAUUGUCAGAAGGUCAAAUUUUGAGACUCCCAAAAGUGUCCCAACCAAAGCACAGUUCCAAGCAGGAUAUGUAUUAUAUAGUUAUUAUGGUUAAUUACAUUCCACCAUUUAAUUUUGUUUAUAAGCUGCAAUGUUUUCAAGGAUAUUUCAGGCAAAAAAUAAACAAACAUAGAGUUUUGGUGUUAAAUUUGGUUGAAACUUCUAAAGAGUACCUUAUUUUUAUUGAUUUAAAAAUCCCUGAAACCGGGUUUGCUACCAUUCAGAGACUGUUUGUUACUUUUGAAUAAACAUUUUGUUCGCAGUCUUUGUGCCACACGUGUAUGUGAACACUGAGAAUUAUGCGCUCAUCUUUCAUCUACAAGUAGUUAUGAAUAUCUUGUAAACAUGUCGAUAUCAGUCAUUGUAUGUACUUCGUGCAAAAACUUUAAACAAGUACAUAACAGUGAGCCCAAGGUGUCCCACGCGACCUUAAAUAAUAACUUAUUUUGUUUUCAUCAUGCAAUUUUAUAUUGUUCUUCACAGUAUCUUGUCGAUAGAGUUUCUGGUUAUAUUCAUGCUCACACAUUGUACAGUGCCGUCAGACCAUUUGGUUGUAGGUGAGUCUUGGGUCUAAAAAGUUCAGCAUUAAAGUUCUGCUUGUACAUGUAAUGUCAAAAUGUAAUCAAUAGUAAUUAUAACAGAAGUCUUGAGAAACUAGGAUCUGAUCAGUGAAGAUGAACUCUAUAUUUGCUUAGUUACCGAGAUCUCACCCAUUCCUGUUUCUUUGUGUAACUCUGGGUUUGACUUUUGUAGUGUGCUGUUGAGUUCCCAUGGCCCAGAUGGUCCCGAAUUACACAUGAUAGAUCCUUCAGGAGUGUCAUGGGUGAGAAUAAUAAUUAUGUUCACAUUAAGUUUAGUUUGUGCUGUACAUAAUAAUUAUGUAGUCUGUAAUCUAUGGUAAACUCAUUGUUAAAAGAAUCUGUUACAGUGAUUUUUAUUACGGUUAAUUCUCGUUCAAGCCCUCCCCUCUCUAAUAACCUGCCACCGCUUUCAGGGAAAGAACAUUAUUAAGAACCUCCUCCCCGCUUUUUCCUUAAAAUUUAUGAUAACUUUAAAUUUAAAUUAAUUAAUCAUGACUGUAACACUUCACGUGGACUGAUCCGGGAUGUUAAUUCACUUGCUGGAAGUUCAGCAUGACCUCCAACCUCAUAUGCCUUAGUUUUUUCACUUUGCAUCCUUGACUAGUUCUUUAGGGAGAAUUAUUGAUACCAUAAUCUUAACUAAAUCAAAUAAGCCCCCUUUCUAUUAAGCCCCAUCAAACAUGCUUGAAAUAAAUAAGUCCCAAGAAGGCUUAUGUAAGAAAUUUAGUUCGUUCACUUGCCUUUUAAAAAAAUGUCCAGAUUUUUGUAUGUAAUGUUAAAUUCUUUCCAGUAGCAUUACCCAGGACAUUUUCCUCAGCUCUGUGUAAAAAUUUAUUCUUUUUGACGAAUAUCAAUGUCUACAUGUAAAAGUCUGAUUUAUUAGCAAAGUAGAGGAAACAAAUUUUGAAGAAGCCGUUUCGUUUUUGAAAUAAUUGAUGUCAAAAAUAGAAUGCUGCAACAAAGCUACAUUGUACGUAAUUUCUUGAGUUGUAGGAAUGGUACUGGCUUGACACUUGGCCUUUUUUUUCUGUAGAGCAAAGUGAAUAUCACAGAGAAAAUAUCUAGUCAAUGUUUGAAUGCUCUCAGGAUUUCAAUCACCACAAAUCCUCUAUUUAUUGCAAGGCCAUUUGAGGGGGGGGCUUAAUAGAGACGGGAGGCUUAUUUGAAAGGGGAGGGCACUUAUUAAUUUAGAGAAGAUGCUGGUAUCUACCAGGUAUUCUUCAUAAAGAACUAGAAUACAAAGUGGAGAAGCUCAAGAACAAGAAGGUUGGAGGUCAUGCAGCUGAGGAUCAGAAUCAAAUCUGAACUUCCAGUUGGUAAAUAACCAUCCUGGAUCAGUCCACACAAAGUUUUACAGUUGUGAUUGAUUAAUACAGUCUCUCACUUAUUAGUGAAGAAUAAUUAGGGGAGGAAAGGGGGAGCUUAAUAGAGAGGUGGGGGGGGGGGGCUUAUUAGAGGGGGAGGGCUUAUCUGAGAGGGGGGGGGGCUUAAUAUAGGAUUUACGGUAUACUUCUUUGAAGGCGUUAUUUCUCAGUGAGAAUCUUGUCUCAUAACUUAUACUAAGGAGUCUACUAAGGAUAUUUUUUGUGGUUUAACUUAUUCUUGUUGUUUUCUUUUUUUAUGCAGGGGUACCAUGGUUGUGCUAUAGGGAAGGCAAAGCAAGCUGCAAAAACAGAAAUAGAAAAGUUAAAGGUACUAUUAGAUGGCGAUAAUUAACCUGUUUAAUAACUAGUUCACCAUGAUACAAAAUCUAUAACAAAUUCAAACUUAAAGUUUAUAUUCUUUGUUAUCACACUUCUUAGCAUAAUUUUCUUGCUAUUGUUGUUUUCCUACACAGAUGAAAGAUAUGACAUGUCAAGAACUUGUUAAAGAAGUUGCUAAAAUGUAGGUUUUGAGGUUUUGAAUCAGCUAUACAAUAGUCUCCAAUGCAGGUUCAUUGGCUCGACACCCAAUCCUCCUCAACGAAUGUCUGCUGAAAUGAGCAGUUAAAAACAUAGACCAAUUACCGAAAACUUGCAGAUCUGGGAAGUGUACUUAGGACCGUGCAAAAUUUAGCACCGGGACUCCAGAAAAGGUCAGAAAAGUCAGAAAAGAUCUCCUAAAAGGAAACGUCCUUCAUUUCUUAGAACAAACUCUUCAAUCAAAUUAAUUAUUUGAUGAGAAUAACACGCCUGUGUUAGAGACUACCCCCAAAAUCUCAUAGAAAAAAUUACCUCUGAGGUUAUUAAAAUAAU